AUGACUGUGCGUGCAGGUACAACGUACAAGGACAUGAUCGUGUCACUGCUGACUGGCGCGGGACUUUUCAACAUCAGCGACUUCGUGCCGGCGCUUGCGCGUCUGGACCUGAAGGGCGUGCAGGCGAAGCUGCGGCGGGUCCACCACCAGUUCGACGGCCUCAUCACCAAGCUGCUGGCCGAGCACGUCGCGCCGGCCGCGGACCGCGCGCGCGACGGCCGCCAGGACUUCGUCGACAGGCUCCGCGCCACCAUUGAUGCCGGCGCCGACGACGAGAGCGGCGAGACCAUCACCGAGGUCAACAUCAAGGGCCUCAUCUUCGGUUCUGAGUCUUUCAUGAUCAGUCUGGCGAUAGCGCUGAUGGCAUGUUUGGUCCACAAACCUUAG